AUGAACAACAAACGCAAAAAUCGCCAAGGGCCGCCGAGGUCGCCACGCGGCCGCGUAGUAGCCGAGGGUGUGUACAACAACGCGCACUUCAUGCACGCGGCGACCUCGCACGUGGGGGACAUCGUGCAAGUGCUCACGCAGUCCGGCAGCCUCUGGGAGGGGGUCUUCAAGACAUUCAGCGCGCAGUUCGAGGUGGUGUUAGAAGUGGCGCACCGCGUUGACCAAGAAGGUGUGGUGGCAGUGGACUCGGUGGUAGAGAAGCUGAUAUUCAAGCCGCAGGACGUGGUCUCGAUCCGAGCUAAGGACUCGGACCUCGAGUACGCGACGCACGACGUGUUCCAGACUGAUACGGCCAUCAGCAAGUUUAAUGGCAACGGUCGCACAGCAGAAGAGCGUCAUUUGGAGCCGUGGGAUGGUUGCGACGGAGACACCGUCGACACUCCGUCCCUGAACGGCGACGCCCGUUUGGAUGAGCUAGAGUUGGAUCACCGCGCCAACGGCUGGGACGCGAACGACAUGUUCCGCAAGAACGAGGAGGUGUACGGUGUCCACAGCACGUACGACCACUCGUUGGCCGGCUACACGCUGCCUCUGCAGAGGAAGGACACGCAGGAUUACAGAGACGCAGAGGCUAAAGCGGAAGAGAUAGCAGCAGAGAUAGAAAGUACACCUUCAUACAAGGCACGCAUAGAAUUAGAGAAUGGAGAUGAAGAGGAGCGAUUUGCAGCUGUGGUGAGGCCUGGAGAUGGCAAUGGUGCUGGGAAAUAUGUAAUACCGAACAAGCGAAAAAAUUUGCAGAGCGGAAAACUGGUGAAACCGACUCCUGGUAACGGGGGUGGGUCGUCCCCUGGCGCGGGCAAGUCGCCGAGCUUUCCGCACGCGACACACGCGCCCCACGCCACUCACGCGACGCACGUGACACACGGACCACACGCUACGCACGCGACACACGGGCCGCAAAAGGAUAAGGAGCAUCGACCUCCUCGACACCAUCUCACGCCACCCUCCGAACGACGCCAGGAUGAUGCACCUUCGAGCAACGGCAACGCGGCGGGCGGCGGCGUGGGCAGCGGCGUGGGCAGCGGCGGCGGUGCGGGCGGGGCGUGCGGCGGGGCGGGCGGCGUGGCGGCCAGCGCCAAGAGCUACGCGGCGCAGGCGGCCGGCUACCACGCGCCGCCGCCCUUCCCGCACCACGCGCAGCCAGCAACCGGGAAGUUAAAUGGUGAUCCAAGGGCAGCACCACUUCCAAGGCAAGGUUUCCCUCCACAUCAUCACCAUAACCCGGCGGGCGGUGCGGGCGGUGCGGGCGGUGCGGACGCGCGCACGCGCACGCCGGCGGGGGAGCCGCGCGAGCGUCGCGCUGACGAGGUGCAGGAAUUACGCAAGUUCGGUCAAGAAUUCAAACUGGUGUCGUCGGGCGCGCCCCUACAGCCCAUGCAGCAGCUCCAGCCUCAGCAGCAGCAACAGCACCAGCAGCAAGCGCAGCAGCAGCCACAGCAGCAGCAACAGCAACACCAACAAUCACAGCAGCAGCAUCAACAACAACAGCCGCCCUCAAAUCCACAACCACUGUUGCCACCACCAGCGCCCAGCCCUCCAGAAGUAUCAGCCAAUGCUGGAGCACCUUCCGAUCCUUUGCCAAAGAGGGAGAGGCCUCCAAAACAACACACACCGCCGGCAGCACACAAGCCCCCACCGGCACCAAAGAACGAGGAGCCACCAUCAGAGGAGCGGUCACCAUCAUCUGCAUCUCCACCGUCGUCCGUGUCCCCUGGGAUGGAGCGCGCGACAGCCACACUCAAGAAGUCCACGCUCAAUCCCAACGCGAAGGAGUUCAAUCCCAGCGCGAAGCCCUUCACCCCCAGAAGUCCCAGCACACCAAACCCAAGCCGGCCGCACACGCCGGGUACUCCUGUGGGCGUGGGCGUGGGCGUGAGCAUGGGGCUGAGCGGCGUGGGCGUGAUGGGCGCCGGCGUCAGCUACGUGCCCGCGCCGCACCCGCCGCCCCCGCACAUGGUGGCGGCCGUGCCGUACGCGAUGGUGGCGGCGCAGCAGCCGCCCGCCUACCUGCCGCACCCGCACCCCAUGGAGAUGGCUUGCGAGUGUCGACAAUUCGCGCCACCCAUACUCGUGAUGCCCGACAAGCGGGAGCGCCACGAAGCGCUGUAUGGUGCUGCGAUGGGCGGCGGUGCAGCAGUAGCAGGUGGGGCAGGACAGCAUGGCCCUAUGCCGGGUCAGCAGCAGAGAAAUUUCAGAAAAGUGGGCGUGGGGUCGGGCGUGCAGGUGGCGGCGGCGACGGGGCAGCCGCUGCUGGCGCCGGCGCCCAUGCAGCCCUUCGUGCCCUACCCGCACCCGCACGCGCACCCGCACGCGCACCCCGCGCACGCGGCGCACGCCGCCCACGCGGCACACGCCGCGCCGCAGCCCGCGCUCCAGUACCAGCACAUGGUGCGGAUGUACCACGGCGGCGGCGUGGCGCCGGGCGUGGGCGUGGGCGUGGGCGCGGGCGAGGGCGCGGCGUACGCCCCGCAGGCGCCGUCGCCCGCCGCCGCGUCGCCCGCGCUCUACCCGCCGCCGUCGCCCGCGCACACGCCGCACCCGCACCCGCACCCCCACCCGCACCCGCACCACCACUACCAGCAGCCGCCCUUCCAGGUGCUGUGCCCGCUGAUGGGGCCGGGCGGCACUGCGCACCACCACCAUCACCACCACGUGGCCUACCUCAACCACGCGCCGCCCACCGCCUCGCCGCCGCACCACCCCCACCCCAUACAGCAAGUGCUGCUGCCGCCCCAGCACCAGUCGUCGGGCGGGUCGAGCACGCCGGGCGUGCACUCGGCGCACCCGUAA